GGUAAUAAACAAACAAGCACUGAUUGAUUCUUUGAAUUUCUUAUUAUUCCAAGCCACCAACGAAUACUUCUUCAACUUGUAACAAACAAACACACAGCUUUGGGAUUUUAUUUAUUUACGAUACAGAUUGGAACGUGCAAUCUAGAAUCGAAUCUACUACACAUCUACAAUCUCCAAUAUCCAAUCUCCAAAUCUCCAAAUCUGCAACUCCCACCUUGCAACCAAAGACCAGCCAGCAAGCAGCCUCACAACCAAACGACCACAACGGUACUACCAAAUCGAACUCCGGCUUUCCAACAAUACUACCCAUACAGUACUGCCGAUACGAUACGAGACGGAGUGUACUCAACGAAACAUAUUGAAAACAACCUCAUUUCUUCCAUACCUUUUCUACAUUUGAUAAUUCACUCUUCGCCUCUCUUCUCUGUUGCUUGACUUUGAAUACAUUUGCCAAAACAGAAUCCAAUCCAAUCCAAUCCAAUCCAAUCCAAUCCAAACGAAACGAAACAAGCAAAAACCAAACCCUUCGACUUUCCCUUUCCCGCCGCUUUGUUUUUACCCAUCGGUAGAGGGAUACUUGUACCAUAAUACCUACGUCCUUCUUUUACCGCUUGUCUGUUUCGACGUAGCGGUGCCAUCCCAUCCAUCACUUCCUUCACACGUCUUAUUGCUUCAUUUAUUAUUCGAGAGCGCAAGGGCCACCUGUCCAUCCACGGCUCUAGUUUAUUCACGCAUUCAUUUAUUAUUCGUUCAUCCAUCGACCGACCUCAACUCUCUCGUCCAUCCAUCCAUCCACCUCUCGAUCUAUCCACGCACCCCCACUGUCCACCCACCCAUUCACUCACUCACUCCAGCCACGCCAGCCACGCCAUCCCGCACACCGGCUGAUUAAUAAGGGUGCACCCCCUCCACCGCUACCACCACUCACGUACGCACCAAGGAACAGAAAGGAAACGAAAGAGCGAAUCAACGCACCCACGCACCUACGCACCCACGAGCCCACGAACAAUCGAAUCGACUCUUAUCGCCUCCUGCACGCUUUCCCUGCAUUACCUCACCACCGCACUUGCAUUACCGACACACCCUCGCUCCCUCGCUCCCUCUGUCCAAAUCAAUACGUCGACUCCUUUCCCAUUCCUAAUCUCCCUCCAUCCCGCUCCAUCCACCCCCCUCCAUUUGAACCUCGCAUCGCCCAUCUAUCUAUCUACACGGUCGCAACAUUUCAAUCAAGACAACCUUGGAUUCCCAACGAACGACACGACAGACGUCUCCUGGAAUUCCAACAAAUACAUCCAUCCCGUCACGACACAGCCAAAAAUUCACACGGCAUAAUUUCACUUCGCCCGCAAUCCUUCUUUUGUGAUUUGCCCUUUAUUUUGCACCAUAAACUCUUGUAAUUGAUUUCCAUCUUCGACCUUGUACAUUUAUUUAGACUUUCAUUCCGUCACGUUUUAGGGAGGUCCUUAUCACAACAUCGACGUCAGUUCGCAAAACUUGCGCUUCAGCCACCAGUGAAUUUGACUUUUAUAGUUCAACCAUCUUUUAUAGCGCACACUAGGCAACACUCAGCGCAUUAAAUCGCCCGUUCAACAAAAAGCAGUGCCCGGUCGCACAUUCACUUCCUUAAGUCGCCCUCUAUCCCUUCCCCAUUUAUAUGCGAAUGUUCCGCCUGCCAUCUUGGAUCUCCGAAUCCAGGGGUUGCGACCAAGUGUUAGAUGGAGAAGUAAAAUAUAACAUGGCAAACGCCGGUCUUUACGAAUGCGCGAGUCCUGCAAAGCGAAAGAGAAGUAGUAGCCCGAAUGCUCCGAUACCCAUCCUCACAAACACUUCCGCGACGACACCUUCAACCACAACCACUGCAGCAACUCAAGAAGUGAAACGGAGGAAGCGCGAAAUGUCGGAGCACGGUUGUCGAUCGCCUUCGUUGGCGGAAGAUACUGUAAUGAUGGAUAAUCAAGAACAGGUCGUCGAUCUAGGUUUGGUUCGAGAAACAAUCGAAUCUCAACUCAGCCUCGAGAUUCUCAUGAAGCAUAACGAAUUGCGCCUGAUCGAAACAGAGCUAGCAAAAUGUCAAGUCUCUCUUGAACAGUUGCGUCGCGCUCACUUGAUCCCAUUCCCAGGCAUGCAAGGAGCUGAAGCUGAAGUUUCUCACGAGUCGAUGGUUAACGUCAGUGCGGGUACGGGUCCAGCAGUCUGGAGUGGCGACAAAGUUCCGAAAUGGGCUCCGCCGUAUGGAAUUACCGAAGGGCCGUACACAAGACAUUGGGCAAAAUGGUUAAUUCCUGACCCGGCGUUUGACGGUAUUGAUAUUGUUGAUUCACGUGCAGGUCCAGGGCGGCCACGCGCUGGCAAGUCGAUACCAGAAGGAAGAGCUACUAGAAAUAGUAUCGCCGAAGGAGGUAAUGUCUCAUCUAAAUCGAGAUCUCGUGGAUCUCACAGUUUGCAAUCUCUUUCCACCAGUCAUAUCCAACCAAAGAAGACUGGACCAUGUAUUCUCAAGCGGAGUGAUGGUAAAACUGUUAAGCUUGUCUGCUUGGAUUGCAAUCGCGAGGAUUUCUCCAGUACUCAAGGUUUUAUCAAUCAUUGUCGCAUUGCUCAUCAUCGUGAGUUUAAGAGUCAUGAAGAAGCUGCUCAGACUAGUGGACACAUUAUCGAAGUCGAUGAAGCUGGUGCACCUCCUGUUUUGGAGAAGAGUCCAAGUGCACCACCAACUGGAGACCUUGUUCAUCCUCUUAUUAAAAGUGCGCCAGCCGAUCAAGAAGCCUAUACUGCUCUUCGUUCUCGUAUCGAAGAUUCUAUGAAUCUAUAUCUACAAGGCAGACUCCCUGGUGUGACUUCGAUUCCUGGAAGUGCAACGUCAUCACCACAAAAGCAACCCGUUGUGAAACCCAAAGUGCAACCUCCAAAAGAAAAUUUCAAGCCAUCAACCGCUACACCUCAUCUUUCCGAGUUACUCAAAAGCAGAGGCUUUGGUGGUGAUCUUGAUGAAAUAGUGGGUGAUGCGAAAACACGUAUUGAUAUGGAUGAACUUUUAGCAUCUGAGGAGGAAUCUUCUGAUGAUGAAGUGACUGAAGCAACGACUGCUGCUGUACCUUCACGCCGUCCUGGUGGCUUUGAUGGUUCAGUAGAUACACCAAUGACUGGUAUGCGUAUCCCAGCUCGGGCUACCAUGUCACCAGCCUAUUUUGGUAGACCUACAAGCAGCAAAGGUAUGGAUGUUUCCGGGAGACCUGGUCAAGCUCACAUCUCACCUCGUCUAACUUUCGCUACCCUCAAUACUUCCAUGCCUGUAUCAGAAACUAGAAAUAAUCGCCCACAGCCUAUUAACACUCGAGAUCACGAUCAUGAUGGAGAUACUGAUCUGGGUAUUCCCGAUACAUCUUCCAUCAUUGACCUAAGUCCAAACACGGUUGUUAGUAACAACGCUCCAAGUCUUGUUAGUGAUGAUGGUGAAUACGACGAAGGUGAUGAUGAUGCAGAGAGUGUAUCAUCAGGAGAUGCUGACGAGGGUAGUGAUGUCGCCGAAAUCGAUAUCGAGGAUGGAGAUUCAGAGAAAGUUGUCAGAGGAGCGGUGCUAGGGAGGAAUCAGGAUCGCUCCAAGAAAGAUGAUAAACAUGUUACAUUUGUGAGGGAGGUACCUGACGCGAAUGGAACAAAUAAGAAAGUGAGACCAAGACAAGGAUAGGGCAAGAAUUAGGAUGAGAGUGGAAUGGAAUGAAUAGCGAGCGUUGCAAUUUUUGGGUCAUAAUUAGUGAUAGACAUUUUCCUGAUGGUGUGAAUGAUGGACUUGAACUUUUUGACUUUUUUCUUUCUACUUUUUUUUUUUUUUUUUUUCUUGCAAGCGCUUUCUUCUCUACUCUUUAUUUAUGAUAUUACUUUUUUCCUUCUACAAUUUUACAAUUGGGGAUGAGAAGUUAGGAGGAUUACGAUAGGAUGGGUUGGGAUUGGUUGGGUGGGAAUGGGAUUGAUGAAAUGAAGCAAAGUACUUUUCAUGUGUAUUGCAUAUUACAAAUACAAAUACAAUGGCAUUCGUUGAGUUUUGAGGGGUUAUAGAUAUUGGAGUGGGGUAGGGUUUGAUAUGAUUUGAUGUGUGAUGGGAUUGAGAGGAGGGGGGGGAGGUUAUUUUCAUGAAAGAGGAGAGGGGUAUAUGUGGUUAUGUGGGAGGGGUUGUGGGAGGAAUACAGGAAGGUUUAUGAUGGAGAUAGGUAUAUUAUAAUAAAAACAAUACAUACA